CUUUUCACUACAAACACUCGGCUCCUAGCCCCUGCCGUAGCUGGAACCCUACGCAAGGCACCAAGGAGCUCAUCGUCAUGAUGGAUGACUAUGUGUGGUUUGAAGGGAUAGCAUUUCCUACAGUGGAUACGAAGCCUGAAAACUUAAGAGAAAUACAGGAAAAUUUUGUGGUUAAUGAUGAAGAUGUAAUAAACUUGACUUAUCCCAAAUCAGGAACCAACUGGUUGAGUGAGAUUAUUUGCCUGAUUCAUUCGAAAGGGGAUCCCAAGUGGGUCCAAUCCGUGCCCAACUGGCAGCGUGCACCCUGGGUUGAGACUGGACGUGGAUACAAAAUGUUGCAGAACAGAGAGGGACCACGCAUUUUCACAUCUCACCUGCCCAUUCAACUCUUCCCCAAGUCCUUUUUCCAUUCCAAGGCCAAGAUGAUUUAUUGCAUGAGGAAUCCCAGAGAUGUUCUUGUGUCUGGUUAUUUUUUCUUCAGAAGAAUGAGUAUUGCCAAAAAGCCAGAGACACUGCAACAAUAUCUGGAGUGGUUCCUCCAAGGAAAUGUGGUAUAUGGAUCCUGGUUCGAGCACAUUCGUGGCUGGCUGUCCAGGAGACAGUGUGAAAAUUUCCUGGUGGUGAGUUACGAAGAGCUGACAAAGGACACAAGAAGUGUUGUUGAGAAGAUCUGUCAGUUCUUGGGAAAGAAGUUAACACCAGAAGAAAUCGAUUUAGUCCUCAAAUACAGCUCCUUUCACUUCAUGAAAGAAAAUCAGAUGUCCAAUUUCAGCACAUUGCCUUCUGAGUAUUUAAAAAGCGGUUUCUUACUUCAAAGGAAAGGAGUCACUGGGGACUGGAAGAAUCACUUCACUGUAGCCCAAGCUGAAGAGUUUGAUGAAGUAUAUCAGCAGAACAUGGCAGGAUUUCCUCCAAAGCUGUUCCCAUGGGAAUAACGUUGAACAUUUCUAGAAGUUCUGUGGAUGCUGAUACCUGUUUUCCUGACCUUGUACUUCUGCAUGCCUGGGAGGUCAUAGCAUCAAACCUAUCACCUCAUUGUGAAGUCUCCAAUGAUCAAAUCUUUACAUUUUUGAUGGCCUACUUGUUACAAAUUACCUGUUACCCUAUUCAUUUCAAAGUAUUUACAUGAGAAAUUCUUCAUAAUAUUCAUGUAUCAUCUAUGCUACACUACAAUAAAAAUAUAAAAAUUAC